AUGGGCAAGAACAAGAAGAAGAGAAAGGAUAACGCGCCUCAUGCAAGAAGGCCAGCGCCAAACGAGAGACGACAGGUCAUCUCCUACGAUGACAUCGAAGGAGAGGCAGCGCCGCCCAUUCCACGCCAAAAAGUCUCGUACGGCAGCGACUCGAACGACGAUGAUGAUCAGGUGCCCGACCAGCGACAUGCGGUUGUCUCUAAAGAGGCUCUGAAAGAACGCGAGCGACCGCAGACAGACGUCACCUAUGGUCAAAUAGGCGCCUUCCCAGGACUGGACCCACGCGACAAGGACCCCUUCUAUGGUUCUGCAAAUGACGGUCUUGAUUAUCUACGUAUGGUCAGAUCUGAAGCACGCGGGAUCCCGCACAUCGUUCGCGCUCCGCCNCCCAAUCCACUCCAGCCUGUCGACUACGAGGACGACGACUACGAAGAACAUGUUGACGAUUAUGACGGCUACUAUGAGGAGGACGAAGAGGAAGACGAUGAUCAAGAUGGCUGGUACGAAGACGGUGCUUAUGUGGCUCCUUCGAUCGCCGCCCCAGUCAUAGGUCCUGUCCAGCCAGGCAUGAAGCCACAAGACGCCUUUUACGACUCCCUCAAGACUCGCUUCGAAAUACUGCGUCACAAUCUGAGAGCAUCGCCGUCUGUCCAAGCCGUCCAGACUCUCGACGAUCAGCACCCAAUCUCUCUUCCUUUUGGCAAUAAGAUGGCCGACAAGGAUUGGAAGUACCACCUUCUAAACACGACUCCGCUUCCUGCUCAACUCGCGUCUCUCGAUUCUCCAUCUAUCCUUCGCUUGCUGAAGCUUGUUGAAGGUCAACUAGAGAACUGCCGCAAAACAAACAUUCCGCACAACCUCGGCUUAUGGGCCUGGUCGCUGUUGGCCAAACUGGACGAUGUUGGCUUGUUGCAGACUAGAGAGGUCAGCGUAGUUCGAGAUUUGGCAAAAAUGGCCAUCUGGGUACGUAUGAUGCAUCACAAAGUCAAGCACGGUAGGUCGAACGAUCCUGACUACAAACACCUCGACGACUAUCCACACGAGAAAGCCACACAGCAUGAAGAAGGCGUGAUUGUCGAUGCAGAUGAGGCAGAUGCUACCGAAGCUGGUGCGUCACCCACUGGACAAGUGGAGGCUGCAGUAGAAGCACAGAUCAAAGAGGAGAUCACAUUAGCACAGGAUGACCAAGGAGAUGCUCCUAAGGACAUGGGUUCCGAAGACCAACUUCUGGAUGCCAUUGCUGCUAAAAAGCGUGAGCUACAGACCGAAGCCAAAGUCAAAGAAGAGGAACAAAAGCAAGAGGAGUUCCCUGACACUAACACGUGUGUUACCAUUGACAUGCUUGUCACUGUGGCCAGCGAGUUCUAUGGUCAGAAGGAUCUUCUUGUCGGCCGCUUGCCGUGGGAGCAUCCCACCGAUUGA